AUGGAUGGUUUAUUUUCUCCAAUCCGGAGCAAACAGUUCACGGCGUCGGGUAGCAGCAAUGUGCUGGGCGUUAGGAGUGCAUUCGCCGCGGAUGAGUCUCGCGCGAUGUGCGAGUCCGGGCAUGUGAGCGCGUCGCCGGUCCAACAGCCGAAGCGCAUGUGGCGCGACGCGUCGCUGUCGCCGCAUAUCAACAUGUCGGCAGGCUCUGGGGGAUCCCCCUUCGCGCGAGAAAUCAUGUUGCUUCGGGAGCCGUCGCACAGUGUUGCUGUUGUCGUGCCAUCCCAUUCGCUUUCCGAUUCGGGAUCGUACUCCAGCCUCAGGCGUGGACGACCGCCGAUGAUUAGUUUUGUCACACGGUACCGUCGGACGGUUGCGAGCUAUGCCGCGCAAAACGAACAGCGCGUAGGGCUGCACUCCUCAGUCAAUACACAGAGCUUAUCUGUCCCACGGGCACGGUUGUGGUCUGGCAGCCAUGGCGAUGCGAUGCCGCUGCAGGUACAGUGUGUGCAGCAGUGCGAAGAAGAACGUGUGAUACGAAAUGCUUGGAGUUCCCCCACGCGCACGCUCGAGCCUCCAAUUUCGAGCGAAUUCAAUAAACGAUGUGCCCUCUCUGUAAAUGCGAGUCCUCUUGUAGAGAAACGAGCAUCAGGCAACCAGAUUUCCUUUUCCCUCGCUUCCUCUCUUUCACCUGCGCAAGUGGCAGAUAUGUACGAUGUAUUUCCUCGCGUUGUGAAGCGGCCAGUUCCCCUCCGACGCCGUUGUUUUGAUUGUUCUGACUCAGACGAUUCAUCAUUGGCAACUCCAUGA